AUGCACUCGCGUCGACCCGAGACCUUGAAGAUUGACAUCUCCAAGUAUAGGGGAGUCGAAGAGGACUCCCUCUUGAGAUGGCUCGUCGAAUUAGACGACGCCAUAAGGGCGCGUCGCAUCGACGAUGGGGAAAUGCGAGUUGCAUUUGCCCAAUCAAAUCUGGCAGGACGUGCCAAGACUUGGGCUUUGGGACUCAAGUUGCACGACCCAUAUGCGUUUGGGUUAUUGGGAGUCUUCAAGUCGCGGCUCAGACAAACGUUUGAACCGCCUAGAGCUGAGUUCAGGGCUCGAACCGAACUCUUGAAGCUCAAACAGGGUAAGCGUGAUGUUCACGCUUACGCACAACAUAUACGACAUCUCACGAGUUGUAUAAGUUCCAAUCCGGUGGAUGAACACACGUUGGUUUCGGUGUUCAUGCAGGGUCUUGCGGAUGGUCCCCUCAAGACUUACCUGUUCCGGCUUGAACUAGAUUCACUAGAACAAGCCAUUUCCAUUGCGGAGCAGGAAGACUUCAGUCUGAGACAGGCUCGCGCCAGCUCGACAUCAUAUCGUCAACCGAGACGAUAUGACAACGGAGGUCCAGAGCCGAUGGAACUCUGUUAUGUAGAGAGCGAGAAGGCUCGCUCUACAGACUACAAGAAGUUGCAGAAAUGCAACAGAUGUCAAAAGACAGGACACUAUGCUUACGAGUGUAGUGCCCCUCGUCCAGUGUCUCGCAACACUGGGCGUAAUGACCGUCCACCCAUGAGAAAGGGGCAGGGACGCGGGUCCGCUGUUGGUGCAAAGACGCAACAACGGGAUGGACCGUCAAAAAACGGACAGGAUCAGUAG